AUGCUACUUCGUGCCGUGGCGGCAUUAGGGUCGUCCGCCCCAGGCAAGAAAAAUGGAGAUGAACCCGACGUCCUGCUUUCUGCUGGCUACUAUCGUCAGCCCAGCAAAUACAUCCUGGCCCAAAUAAUGGAUUACCGUCCAACGCCCUACUCUCUGCGGAGUUCGUUGAGGUCGGUGGCCAAAGACCGCCAAUUCCUCCUGGAAUCUUCACGAUACGACGAAGCAGCGGCGGAGUAUGAAACUGCUGCGGAGUUGGCGCCCGAUGACGUGGACGCCGUUUUGAAUGCAGCCAAUGCUCUUCGACAAGCCGGAAUCAAUUCGAAAGCAGAAAAGUUUUAUCGACGAGCUGUUCUUCUUCAACCAAAUGUGAGUCUCAGCAAG